AUGUGCCUCUUCAUCCUCGGCAACGUCGCCAGCAUGCAAAGUCUAUCGGGAUAUAUCAUUUUGUUCUGGUUGGCGAGAUUAUGUUUCGCAAUCUGUCUGCUGAUGGGCUUCGCCUUCCUUUUCCGUUUCUGCGUUGUCAGUCGUUCUAUCGGUCCAAAACUGUUGAUGAUUAAAAAGAUGGUAGUUGGUGACCUCCUCCCCUUUCUGGGUGUAAUCCUACUCUUCUGGCUUGCAUUCACUAUUUUUCUCGUCGUCCAAAUCUCCAAGCAUCCUUAUGGAUAUGAGGACAUAGGAUUCGGUAUUUACUUGAGGAAUGCCUUCUUUGCGAUGUUCGGUGAAUUCAACCUAGACGAUAAUGUCGAAGAAUUGGGUCGCAAAGCAGAUAGCAGACGCUACGAAAGGCAAAUUAUCAGCUGGCAGAAGUGCUGCUCGUUAGACUUCCUGCGUCAGAACGUACUUACCGUGCGCAUGGCUCUGGAAAAUUCCAAAUUUGGACUGAAGGACUCGAAACGGAAAGGCAUCUUCGCGGCCAGGAAUGAAUCUGAAACAAAGGCUGGCCACCGUGACGAUGACAUACGGAACGAUACAAAACGUGCUCUGGAGACGGUAGCCGCCCUGCAGAACACCUUUAACGAGCUGUCUGAUGUUCUAGGUGCGGUCAACCCGGAGGUGAGUCUCUAG